GUCAAGGUCCUUGUCAAGAACACUAGUUGCUGGUAUCUCUUCACGAAUCGGAAAAUAACUUUAUUACCAGUCAAGGGAUUUGAGAAUUUUUCGUGAUCUAGGACAUUACCGUCUUCCCGAAGGAUGAUUUCCAAAACAUUUGGAUUCUCUGGCCCACUGCUGAUUUUCACAUGUACAUGUAUAACGUUGUUGUUCACGGUUUCAUCUGGACAUGCAUCAGAGAACUGCGUGCCAAGGAAUGGAGGAGCCAAAACCGAUGGCAAUACACUCUACAUGUACACAAAGCCACCAAAUGUUUCCAUACCGAUAAGGGCGGGAGCUGGUUAUGAACACACGUUUAUAUUCAACGAAUCGUGCACUGUGAUGGUGACAGGGAUCUCGCUUCAAUAUUUUGGGUCUUGCUCUGUUGCAUUCACCUAUGGCAUUGGCAACAUUAGCAGGUUGCUCCAAACAUUUCAGUUUGCAAAAGUGAAAAACGACUGGAUAACAGUCACUAAGCGACUAUCGGAAUCGGCAUCUUCUACUCUCUACAAUCACAUGCAGUCCCAUCGGGGUUGGACUGUGUCGCUAUCAUUGACCAAAAUACAAAACAACCUUUGUGACUUCCUACCGAAUUCCGCUUGCCCAGACUGCACGGCCAUUAUUGCCCGAGCUUCUGCGUCGUCUACAAUAUCCACAUCUGUCAAUAACGCUACACCAACCAGACCAGAAAAUUCAAUACAAGAAACGCUCUCGUCUACGCUGUCAACUCCAGCCAAGCCCACUUUGUUCUUGAUUCCUUCUGAUGCAGCGAGCCCGUUUGUGACUAAGGACCCAAAUUCCGCGACAACAGUCGUCCAAACCAGACAGUCUGAUGAUAGGUCAAGUCCUUUGAAUUUAGUCACUCCCAUCGUAAUUUCAUUGAGUAUGGUAGGUCUGCUGUUGUCCAUAACUAUUGUACUGUUGCUGAUUAGGUCAGGAGCGUUUUUGUCGAAAAGCAAUCACCCUUGUGUCAUCUCUGUUCGAAAAUCAAAGAACAGACCAUGCCAUGGAGAACGGAUUUACGAGAAUCGCGAUGGUACCUACGCAAUCAACCAGCAACCAACGCCAAACAUGAUCAAUACAGUUCACUACUCAGCCAAUGGUCCUAGCCACGUUAAUUCUACGGACCAUGUACCCACACCUCCUGACAUGCCUGCUGCACGAAAUGAUGGUGCUAUAGAGAGCGAAAUGUACACAUAUGCUACUUGUGACGACGUUAGGCCUACGAGCUAUAUCAACACAGAAAUGAGGCAGAAGAAGGCUGGGGAUCUGUACGCGAGUGUACCAUCAACGUUUGAUCUACACAAACAGGGUGUCCAGUCACAACCGCAAAACAACCAAGAACAUGGACCUAGUAAAGAACAGGAAGAUGUAAAUGAAUCCAGCCCAGCUCAAACCGUCUGCUACGCUUCCCCUCGCAAGGUGGGUGGGACACGAGUUCCCAGCCAUUACAAGACUACAGACCAGAGUACGACUUCCAGCCAAGAAGAGCCAGCCAACAAUGGCUUCACUGGAUCGCGAGCGCAAGUGGAGAAGGAGACGGACUAUGCAUCGGUCUGCGUUUCAUCGAAAGCCGAGCAAUCAGAUGUGGACCACCAGGAAAAGAGCAUCCAACCAGAUUUCGUUGAGAGUGACCAAUGUCGAGGUAGAAGUGACAAAACUGCAUUAAUUUGCUCCAAACCAAAUCCCGCUAGCAACGUGCAGUCAUCAGACGUUUCGUUUCUAGAUUCCACUUCAACGCCAACUGGAUCAGAAGCCCACAAAUGCGCAUUAACACCUCAGAUCCCAAAGCCUCUACCGUACCGGGUAUUCAAAGUAUUGAAGGAAAGCGAGGGCGAUUACACGAACCCGCAGGACAACAUCUCUAGUCCCGUGGCUGACCAGCUGGACACUGGCGCGGAACCAAACUUUUAUACAGAGCCAGUCAAACCUUUGAGCCAUAGUACACCACUCCAGACAUGGACGGAUGACACAAGUCCUGAGACAGCCUAAUGCAAGCAAGGCCUUUGUCAGCCUUAUUGAUCCUGCAGCCAUCCUUGCUAAUCAUCAGGAACACAGCCGGAAAUGUGAAUCACAUCUCACAAUGCCAUGCCAACGUUGACAUUCCCUUUUAUUCGCACUUUGGUCCGUCGAUGGCCACUCCGCGAUUUUUUCCAUGAUGAUGAAUUUCACAAAGCACUUGUAAUUCGCAAAUUUACAGUGCCUAUUAGGAUAUUCGAAAGGGCUCUCCUGGCCCAUUAACAUUACUCUAGGUCUCAGCAUUUUGUGUUCUCGAUCAUAUUCCCUUUUUUUCGUCUACUUAUUAUUAUAUGUCUCUGCGGCUCACUUUCUGCUGUUCCGUCUACCUCUAAGUGUACAAUUCUCCUCCUCCCCCCUUCCCUACUAGUUUCCAAUUUUUCCCUCUUCCCAUCUUCUAUCCAUUUUCUCUCUCUCUCUCGCCUUUCAAGGCGCGUGUAUCACUCUUGCUAUCUAUUAUUAUAAGGUUCAUCACAGUUCUGCUUUUACAGUGGAUGAAGAUCAAAUCGUUUUAUAGCCCUCAGCAACGUUUAAACCGAUGCUUUUUCAGAACGUUGUGAUGUCAAACCCUGCAAUGGCAUCAUCCAUGUGACGCUGUUUCGUCUUUUCGAUGUGUUUCGGCUCGAUAACGCAAUUUCCAGUAUUGCACAGGCAAUCUCGUUCUGAUGCAAGGGGAGCUCUGUGCCGAACUACCCUGAACUAUUCGCAUGAUCAUACACAUUCAUAAUAAUAAUGUAUUAUGUUCUCAUAAGGCCAUGUUGUGCAAGAACUACCGGCCAAAUAUCUUAAUAGUUUUCCGAUUACGUAUUCUUUGGCUUGCUUUCUCUUUUGCAACUGGGAUUGUUUUUACGUCCAGUGUGUAAGUUAUGUGUUAUUAGAAUGCGUAUCCGUUCUUGUUGUAUUAAGAUCUCCAAAGUUUUCCUUUAUCUCCAAUAUCCUGUGAUUUUUCCGCAGUCCGUCUUUUUCGCGACGUGAAUUUCACAUUUCCCUCAGGAUGCACUUCAUCAGCCUGACAAUAGUCAUAAGUUAAUUCCAUUCUUUAACAUAUUUGCUUAGAUGAAAGCUUUAGAAGUAACAUUGGAUGGUACAUGGCACCUUUUCAUUCUAGACCAAUUUACACUCCU